CAGACACCAACCUCCCCACUUUAAACUUAUCGAUCCGUAGUUCCUCUUUCUCUUUCGUCCUUCUGGUCUUGGUCUAAGCAUAUUCGUCUACAAGUUCGACUGGUAGCCCGCACACUAGUCACGCGACAAACACCAACCUCUCCACUUUAAACCUAUCGACCCGUAGUUCCUCUUUCUCUUUCGUCCUUCUAGUCGUGAUCUAAGCAUAUUCGUCUACAAGUUCGACUGUUCAUUACCCAUCAUGACAAGCCUUGGAAGUCCUAUAUUGGACUGUUUUCGCAAUGGCUCCAUCGUGCAGCUCAAAUCAAGGUCAUCAGGGGGGACUCUCACCAUGAGGGAGGGAGGCAUAGUCAGUGGAAAUGGCCCUGUGGGAUUUUACGCGGGUCGCCUGGGCCCCAGGACUCCGGUCUGGGGACGAUGGACUGAUGGUACUUAUCAUCGUGGAACCAUUACCAACGUGGGCACCAAAAUCGACAUCACCUUUAACGAUGGGGACAAUGUGCAGCAUGCUAUAAAUGACCCUACGGCCGUGGUGGCGGAUGUUGGCCCUGACCCAGAGGUUUUGAAGCCAGGAGCCCGUGUUAUUGCUCAAUUCAGGGGGAGCACGAAGUAUUACGCCGGUCGUAUUGUCGAGGUAGACAGCUCUAAUAGCCAGCAGCCUCGAUGCCACGUCCAGUUUGACGACGGAGACAAGGAAUGGGCUGAGGCGAGGUUCAUUCGCAUGCUACCGGAAGUGGCCGCUGCAGACCUAGGGGUCCCGUCCAUUAUAACGAAUAGUCGUGUACUGGCGCGCUGGACUAACGACCAGUACUACCGCGGCACCGUCACCAAUGUGGGAGAGAAGAUUGAUAUCAAGUUUGACGACGGGGACAAAAUCCAACACGACCCCCUUGACGUCAGUGCAGUUAUCUAUGACGUCACGCCUUCCCGUGGUACCUUGCAGGUUGGAGUACGAGCAGUUGGUUACUGGCCAGACAAAGGGAACUUUUAUCUUGGCCGUAUUGGCCAGGUAGACUACCACAACGCCUCCCACCCUCGCUUUCUGCUUAACUUUGACGAUGGCGAUAGCAUCUGGUGCAAUCUGGACGAAGUCCGACGCGUACCGCUUCGACGAGAGCAAGUUGGUUGUAUGGUGUGGGGCCGCUGGUCAGAUGGGCGCUACUUCCUCGGGCGCGUAACUGACGUGAGAGAUGGCAAGAUCCAUGUGACCUUCGACGAUGGCGACAACAUAUCACAUGACCUUGGUGACGUAAGCGCGGUGAUCGUGGACCUUGUACCCAACCCCACGCACGUGCCAAUCGGUGCACGAGUGAUCGCCGAUUUCGAGGGGCGUUGCCAUUACUAUAAAGGGCGUGUGACGCAGAUAGAUUCGACCAAUCCGUAUGCGCCACGUUAUCACGUGACUUAUGACGAUGGGGACAAGGGCUGGGUGAACUGCGACAAAGUGAGGCUUCUGCCCAUGCGUGCGGAUGAAGUUGGGGCGCGUGUUUACGCUCGGUGGACCAAUGGCCAGUUCUACCUCGGCACCGUGGAACGCGUGGGCCACAAGAUCGAGAUCAAGUACGACGAUGGAGAUCGUAUUGCGCAUGACCCAAGUGACAUCACGGCUGCUGUCAUUCUCGACAGUACCCCCAACCCAGGCUCUGUUGGCCGAGGCACCCGUGUUAUCGCUGCGUGGCCUGGGAAAGAGAAGUACUACCUGGGAACGGUUGACGCCGUCAACAAAGAUCGGAUGUAUGAGCCUCAAUAUCAUGUUAAAUAUGACGAUGGUGACGAGAGUUGGGUGACUGUGAAUCAACUGAGGGUUAUCCCCGCCCCUGGACCGGCCCCUGAAUCCCAGUUUAUGGUCGUCCAGAUUGGAGCUGAUGUGGUCGCACUGAACAGUAUUGCACAUCCCCAUUUCUACCUUGGCCUUGAGGGAGGUUAUCUCCGCGGGAAGUGGUUUGAUACGUACUGUCACUUCUACUUGCGAGAGGCUCCAAAUCAAUUCAUGUCAUUGGAACCCUGUAUGUUGCCAGGACAACAUGUCGGUGUUGAUAGCAAGGGAAGCGUGAUGCCCCCUGCGUCAGUGUAUGCAGGAACUGAGCCUGCAAUGUUUGAGGUCAAACUACUGUUCAGCCCCUAUGGUCAGACAUACAAAGCAAACCACUCCCAAGGUGGAUACCCUCAGCCAGGAGGUCAAUUUCCCCCAGGCGGGUACCCUCAGCCAGGAGGUCAAUUUCCCCCAGGGGGGUACCCUCAGCCAGGAGGUCAAUUUCCCCCAGGGGGGUACCCUCAGCCAGGAGGUCAAUUUCCCCCAGGGGGGUAUCCACAGCCUGGAAUUCAUCCUCCCCCAGAGCAUGGUGGAUACCCUCCUCCAGGGGGCUACCCUGGCUAUGGAAGUGCUCCACCACCAUACUAGACAUGUGAGAUGCUAAUGAAGGAAGGAAAAAUGGAAAGAUGGAUAUGAUUUACUAUAAUUGAAAUAAUAAACAGUAUUCAAAGAAACUAGAAGACUCUUCAAAAUCUGAUUGACCUUAGAAUAUAUUUUAUUAAAAGUAAAAUUUGAUUGAGACAAUAAAUGAGAAAAAUAUGCAAUCACAAAAUGUUUGUUUAUGUAAAGAUUAAAUUGAAUAAAAAUUAUUUCAAUGC